CUGCUGCUGCCGCUGCUGCUGCAGUCUUUGCAAAGGAGCGGUACUGAGGCAAACACUUGAAAGAGGACAAGCGACCCCCAGCUGGAGUGCACUGGUUCUGUGCUGGAGGAACUCGGUCCACAGUUUAUUUAUAAUCUGCCCAAUAGAGGGCACAAGGCUGGUAGAUACGAUGGCUUCAGCUACAGAUCCACGCUUUGGACAGAAAGAAUCAUCAGAUCAGAACUUUGACUACAUGUUCAAGAUUCUGAUUAUUGGGAAUAGCAGUGUUGGCAAAACCUCCUUCCUGUUUCGAUAUGCCGAUGACUCCUUCACUCCAGCAUUUGUCAGCACUGUUGGAAUUGACUUCAAAGUGAAGACCAUUUACAGGAAUGAAAAGAGGAUUAAGCUGCAGAUAUGGGACACAGCUGGUCAGGAGCGAUAUAGAACCAUCACUACAGCUUACUAUCGUGGUGCUAUGGGCUUUAUCCUGAUGUAUGACAUUACAAAUGAAGAAUCCUUCAACGCUGUCCAGGACUGGUCAACCCAAAUAAAGACCUACUCAUGGGACAAUGCACAGGUCUUAUUGGUUGGAAACAAGUGCGACAUGGAAGAUGAACGGGUGGUGUUGGCGGAGGGAGGGAAGCAGCUGGCUGAUCACCUAGGGUUUGAGUUUUUUGAAGCCAGCGCCAAGGAUAACAUCAAUGUCAAACAAACAUUUGAGCGGCUGGUGGACAUCAUCUGCGAAAAGAUGUCGGAGAGCCUAGAUGCGGCAGACCCUGCAGUGACCGGCGCCAAGCAAGGUACACAGCUGAACGAGCAGCCUGCCCCUCCUCACCAGGACUGCGGCUGCUAAACAUCUCCCUGGAAGCAAGCCCCCAACACCUCCUUUGUUUCAGUUUUCCUCCUUAUUUCUGUCUCUAUCUCCACCCUGCCCUGUCCUCCUCCCUCUCCCUUUAAAAAUGAAGGCAGUGCAUGCAGGUACCCAAAUGGACAAAAAUGUAAAGGGCCAGAAGAUACCUUAUGACUAAAUUUAAAACCAGAACCAACACACAGUGCAGGGUGUUGUGUGGUCGGUAUGCACAGUUGUAUGGAACAUAUAAAACUCAGUCUAUUGUCUCGUUACUCACUAACUCCUGACCCCGAUUAAAGCAGCGAUGAAUUGUGGCAUCUGUGACAAUCAUGAUUUGGUUUACAAAGGGUUGGUUAGAAAGCCAUCCUGCUUCUCUACCGCUCCUGGGCCUUGUCUCCCUGACACCAUUCUACCUGAGGAGGGAGGUUAAGUAUUUUUGCAAUGUAUAUUUAUUCUUAAGUUUUUUCUGUGAAUUAUUCUCAUGUGUGAAAAUUAAUCUUGUGCCAUCUCUGAUACACUUAAUUGUGUCUAUGUCUCUGUGCACAUGUGUGUUUCUGUGUCUCUACACAUAUCUCAGCCUGAGUGUGUAUCUCUCGCACAUUAUUAUACUGUUUCUCUUUUUCUAUCAUUCUCUCUCUCUCUUUCUUUCUCUCCCUCUCUCUCUCUCUGUCAAAUGUUUCUCCUUCAUUGAAUUGUGAGCUCACACACACCACACAACCACAAAAAGAUUCUGCCUUUCAGCUCUUGCUGCAGACAUCUGGUGAGGGUGUGGAUUCUGCAUUUCCUAAGUGAUGAAGUGAACGCCUUGAUCAUUGUAUAACUGAUGAAAAGAGUUGCUCUGACCAAUCCCUCAGCUCAUGUGCGCAAUGAUUGUUAUUUAUUACAUUAGCCAGCCUGAAAGCCCAUAGCAGUUCACCCUAACCAACCAACGCCACACAGUGUUUUCCCUCAAUCUGCAAGGGCUUCCUGUAUAUGGCCUAAUAAGGCCAUGAAAAAGCAAACAAAAACUGGCUUCAUUUCUAAAAAAAAUAGAAAUGAAAAGCAUAGUUGUUACAUUAAACCUGUAUGGGACUUUGGUUAAACAACACUUGGAGUAACAAUAUGUGUUACAAAAAGGAAAUAGGGGCACUGGAGAAGGUGCAAAAGGAUGUACAAGAGAAUCCCAAAACUAAGAGGUUAUAACUAUCUGGUUGAACAGGUUGGGUCUCAUUUUUUUUCUCUAGAGAAAUGAAGGCUGAGGAGUGAUCUAAUAGAGGUCUUUAAGAUUAUGAAGGGGUUUAUUAGGGUAGACGUAGAGAAAAAUGCCAUUGUCAAGAGAGGUGAGAAUGUGGAAUUAGCUAUUGCUGGGAGUGGUUGAUGCAAGCAGUGUCUUUAAAGUAAAGUAGAUUAACCCAUAAGGGAGAAAAGAAUAGAAGGAUAUGCUGAUCGGGUGAGAUGGAGAGGGGGUAAGAGGAGGCUUAUGUGGAGGAUAAGCACUAGCAUAGACCAGUUGGGCCGAAUGGCUUGUUUCUGUGCUGUACAUUCUAUGUAACUGUCUAGCACUCCUGGGUAUAAAUCACUUCCUGAACUAACCUCCUUUACUUCCAUGCACCUGGAGAUAAUCUCACAUCCUGCUGCCUUUGUGGCAUCUUGAAAAUUCAUCGUUGGGAUGUGGUCAUCACUGAUAAGGCCAGCCUUGCCCGUGUGCCGGCUGCUGUGAAUACUACAAAGUGGCUUUCAGUGUCCUGUCAGAUCCAUGCCAGUGUCAUUUGAGAAUUUAAAUUUAUUUCGGAAAUAAUCUGGAAUUUAGAAGCUGGGAUCAGUAGAAACUAGGAUCAGUAUACUUCUAUAGGAGUGACCAGAAAGUUGUCGGAUUGUCAUUAAAAACCCAAGCAGCUCGCAAUGUCCUCCCAAAGCCCUCCUAUAGGGAAGGAAACCUGCUGUCCUUACCCAGUCUGGGCCUAUCCGUGAUUCCAGUCCCAUACUCAACCUGGCCAACACUUGACAGCCCUUUGAAAUGGCCAAGCAGAAAUAAUCUCAGCACACCAAACAUCACUCCAUCAGAGAGACAACAAGAGGAUCCUUUAUAGCAUUUGUAAAAUAUACGCUGUGGCACAUCAUCAUAAACGGCCCCCUCCAAUAAAGCGAGGGAAAAAAGUUGGCUGGUAAAGUGGCAUGAGAUGUUAAUUAUUUUCACACAUACAUAUGAAUUAGGAGCAAGAGUAGGCCAUUCAGACCCUUGAGCCUGCUGCAUCAUUUGAUAAGACCAUAUCUGAUCUGAUAGUGGCCGCAACUCUACUUUCGUGUCUUACCCCCAUAACCUUUGACUCCCUUGUUAAUCAAGAAUUUUUACUUAUUUAUUAAUAAAUAACGAAUGAAUGUUGGAAUGAAUGAAUAUAAUUACAAUAGGAUUGCAGUUAUACGGUUGGACUAGCAAUCCAAUCCAUCUUCACCAAUGUAUCAAUGUAGUUUAGCUCUGUGAUACUGGGCAACGCUGUAUAUCCCUCACCAUAUACUGCUGUGGCUUAGGGACUUAAGACCUGGUAACAUGCCUGAUAAUGUUAAAGAUGUUGGUGCUAUGAACACAGGAAACUUGCUUUGAUUUAUCGGUUGUGUGUGAAGUUUUUGUUGUCAAGCAGUUGACAUUCACUCUUGAUGGUAGCCGUCUUUGAUAUCUAAAUCUUCAGUUCUUCCCCCCUCUCUUUUCUCUUUACUCAGUUUUUCUCAGUUAUUCAGUGAGUGGUGGAAAUACUGGGAGAUGUGACCCUAACGGCCACUCUUCACGCACAAAGAAUGAUUAUUAGGAAGACAUUUACCACAGGCAGCCUCAUGGCUGACUUUACCCUCGCUCAUAAUUCAACUCCACCCCCACCUCUGUCUCAGCCCCAUUCAGUUUAUCGUAAAAAAAACCCAACAGAUUCACACAUGCCCUUUCAGGGAAGAAAACCUGCCAUCCUUACCCUGUCUGUGCCUAUAUGUGACUUCAGUCCCAUGCCAAUCCUGUUAACUCUUAACUGCUGUAUCAGUUCAAGAAAAAGGCUCACCACCACCUUCUUGUGGCAGCAGGAGGGUUGGCAAUAAAUGCCAGCCUUGCCAGGGAUGUCCACAAUCCCGAGAAUGAACUUUUCAAAAAUGGGGUAAUGAAUCUCUCAACCCCAUUUACAUGAUAAAGUGAAAUCAAACUUCAUCUGUGAGGCUGAAACUCCACAAAGUCAGUUCCUGUGGCAGCGGACCAUGUUUGACUUGACACUCUUAUCAACACCUUGACCGUGGCCCCAAUUUUUAUUUUUGGGGGGGCGUGGGGUGGGGCUGGGGGUGUUAAUUGUGUGCAAAGGAGGCAGGAGGACGUCACAUAGCAUGUCACACCUUGCAAAUAAAAUAGAAAAAAAAGCUCUAUAGAUAAGAUCUUCCUUAUUGUACAUAAAUGUAAAUAGCCAGAGUAUCAGUCAAUGUGUGCUUGUACUGUGUAGUUAUCGUGUCUUAGUGUCCUCAGCACAACUUUGCCCCAUUUAAUCAGCUUGUGACAGCUUUCUCUUUUAAAACACUGAGUGUAUCUCUGUACAAUUCUUUUUCUUAAAAAAACCUUUAUUGAAAAGCAAUAUAGAAGUUUUGAAAUAUGGGCUUUAUGUAAAGUGUGUGCGUGUGUGUGUGUGUGUGUGUGUGUGUGUGUGUGUGUGUGCGUGUGUAUGCGUGUGUGUGUAAAAAUAAAUCCCACCAAAUCUAAACGUUCAAUUUUUGUUUCUUGCUCAGAAUGAAUAAGACUUGUGUUCUUGCUUCUGUACCUAGCAGUUUCUCACCUUUAGGAGACUUCCACAGUUUUGUCUUCAUUUAAAACUCUAUUUUGUUUCUCAAAACUUUUCCAGUUCAAAUUCAUAAUUGUUGAUUGUGCAUGCAAAGGAAGUAUGACAAUCCAAGCCAGGUUACCAUGGUACAGGAAAUGGAGGCCUGACUGGCAUAUUUUAGGAUAGCAGGAGCUUGUUUGCUAUGGGGUGUGACAUAGUUGCUAUGCACUAGGACAUGGAGAGUAGUGUGUAGGUAGAUGGGCAUCUGCACGUCAAUAUGUCCUUUCGCCUUCAAAUUUGGACUUCUGUUCACUGCAAGGAAUUGUAAUAGGGAUUAUUCCCUCUGAACAUCAUAAGAAGUUUGUUUACUCUUGAUUUUUGGCUUGGGUUUGAUUGGGCAGUUUAAAAGAAGCUUUACUCUGUAUCUAAUCACGUGCUGUACCUGUCCUGGGAGUGUUUGAUGGGACAGUGUAAAGGGAGCUUUACUCUGUAUUUAACCCUGUGUUAUACCUGUUCUGGGAGCGUUUGAUGG